GCCCCUGGCCACACCCCCUCCAUUUACUGUAAUGGAUUGUACUACUAGAGUAAACAUGAAUAAUUAAUGCUCGUCUCAAAAAACAGCCCAGAAUUGAUCAUUUCUGGAACCGUGUGGAAGAACUUAUGAUGUACUUGUUGAAUUCAGAGGUGGUCAUUUUUAGAUUUUCAGUUUUUGACAUUUUUUAUGAAGCUUUGUGACUUAACUUGUUAUAUGAACACAAAGAAAUCCAUCUCUCAGAUCCAGGACCCCAUGGUUUUACUGGACCCCGUCUCUCUCUGCGAUGUACUUCGAGAGUGGGCUCCGGUUCUGGAGAGGGUCCUGGGUCCGGAGGAUCACACCAGACCUACAGAAAUAACAAAUCAAGAGGAGAGGACCCUGGAGGAGGAAGAGCUGGUUUCAUCGAUGUCCUGUUGCGUCGGGGUUCAGCCAGAGAUCUACUCUCCUAAUCUGGAUGAAUCCGCAACUCUCAGUGAAGAAGAGGACCUUGGAGAGAGCAUCCCUUGUUCCACCGCCCCAGUCAGAGCGCCGUUCCCACCUCUUGCGAGCCAUGUCGAACUAAUACAGCUGUUUUCCCCCAAACCUCUGCCCCCUGACCUCCAGGCUGACCUCUCGCAGCUGGCCUGUCUUUAUCUGGAGAUGGGCUGCCCCGGUAGAGGGGGCAUCGAAAGCGUGUGUGUGUUCCUCAGGAGGUACUUCUUCCUUUUGGACCAGGAGAGAGUGAGAAAGAUGUGUAUGCUGCGAUACAGAGAGCACCGCGAGGUGAUGAAGGCAUAUAUUGCUGGCAUGCUGGAGUUCACUCAGGCCAGUAAGGUGGUGGAGGUGAUUCAGAAGGGUGACCUGCUAAAGUCUCUGCGCAGCCUGAGAGAACUUCAGCCCUGGAACGCACCUCUGCUCCUCUCACACCUGUACAGACUCUAUGAUAAACACGGGGAGGUGGCUGUUCGUGCCUAUCCGCAGUUCUAUCCCACAAUCCUCCCCUCUGACAUUAUGGCCAUGGCUUUACCCAGCCACUACCUGCCUUAUCUGGACAAUCUGGUCCAAUCACGAGCCGAACAGCAACGGUUGUCUUUCUUGGGCUCUCUUCUCCAGCCAGAAACUCUGCGACAGGAUUGGCUGGAACUGGCGCUAUCCCAUGAUGCCCCACAAAGGGAAGACACACUCGCUCCUGAUGGACAGCCCAGGUGGCGCUCUCAUUUCUUCAGCUGGGGUUAUGGGCGUCUGCUGUCUCUGCUGAUCCGCCUGCCUGCUGAUCUGGCCUCCAAACAGAAGAUGCUGGAGAUGUGCAGAACUCAUGGGUAUUGGAUGGGUUACCUGUACCUGUGCAGAGAGCUGCAGCGGAGGCCCGAGGCUUUCAGUGCCAUCUGCAGACUGGACGACAUGACACUACUAGAGGGGGAUGAUGGAAUUGUACCUCAGUCUCUUGAUGAGUGGGUGGUGCUCCUCCAGCUCUCCCAGCAAAUCAGUUCAAGCGACGAAGCCCCGGCGGCUUCAGCUCUACCCAGCAGCCCCAAUGGAUCCUGUUCAGACGACACUAACGGCACGAGCGAUAGUUCUCCCGACCUAUCAGACGGUUCGACUGACUGGAGCAUUCGCAUCAGCCCAGAGAACGUCAUCCUGCGUCUGAUGCAGGUGUUCGGGCCGGACCGGGCCCUGACGGCCCUCCAGGAGCACGGGAUUCAGGUGGAUCUCGGUUCACGCUCCACACUGGUCUGCGAUCUGCUUCGUAUGGCUGAGAAGCGGCAAAGAGCACUGAUUCAGACCAUGUUGGAGCGCUGUGACCGGUUUCUAUGGUCUCAACAAGCUUAAAACUCCCGUGUCCACUUGAUCUCCACAUAUGCCUCCAGGACAUACAUGUAGUAUUUUGUCUCCUGUUUCCUAUUUAGCUAUUUAAUAAGCUGCUGACACAGUAUUAACAAUGGACCUUUUAUGUUAAACAUAAAUCCAUUAGUACAUAAAUUAUCAUAUUGAGUUGAAUGGAACAAUUUAUGUAAGAAUGCUUCAAUCUACACUUCCAUGUUCAUUAAUGAGGCACAACGUGUUUUCAUGUGGUUUUAGGACUAUACAGGAUAUACAGUAUAUUCCUUGAAUAUAUAAAA